GAAAUGUGUUCGUCAGCUCAUCCGGGUCAUUAUCGCAACAUGUCUCUGCGCUAUUAGCUUCGUGGAGAUCUUUCAAUAAUAUCUCAAGUCAUGCCUUUAAUAGUUAUGUGUGGUUAUCCGUGCAGUGGUAAGACUCGGAGGGCAGAGGAAUUAAAAGUGUAUUUCGAACAAAACACCGACAGAAAGGUUCACCUUGUUGGAGACUCGUCACUGGCCGCUGAAAAGAACGUCGUGUAUGCAGAUUCCCAAAAGGAAAAACAGGUCAGAGCUGCACUGAAAGCUGAAGUGGAGAGGAAAAUCAAUAAAGAUGACGUUGUUAUAUUGGAUUCAUUAAACUACAUAAAAGGCUACCGCUAUGAGCUUUUCUGUCUCAUAAAGCAUGCACAGACGCCACACUGCCUGGUGUAUUGUCUGACAUCAGAUGAUGUGAGUACAGGGUGGAACACCAGCAGAGAUCCAGAGGAGCAGUACGCGCAGGAAAUCUUGGAAGCAUUAGUCCUGCGCUUUGAAGCGCCAGACUCCAGAAACCGGUGGGACAGUCCACUUUUUAACAUCCUCCGAGAUGACACACUUCCAUAUGAAGCCAUCAAUGACGCGCUCUUCAAAAGAAAACCACCGCCACCGAACCAGUCCACUCAAAGUCAACCACUUGAAUCUGCAAACUUCUUGUACGAGUUAGACAAGAUCACACAGGAUAUACUAAUGGCCAUUUUUAAUGCACAGAAGACGAGUAUUCCUGGAGAUCGUGUUUCAAUUCCUGGAGCAACAGAGAAAAUCGAGCUGAACAGGAACGUCAACAUGGCCGAGCUGCGCAAAUUCCGGCGCCAGUUCAUCAGCUACAGCAAGAUGCACCCAACAGAGAACACGGGUCAGAUUUCCAACAUGUUUGUACAGUAUGUUAAUAAAAGUCUUCAUUGAUGAAUAUUUGUCACCAGUAAAAAUUGAAGUACUUUUAAGUUGGAUAUAUUGAAUUCAUUUACACUCAGCAUUAUUUAAGAGGAAGUUUUAUUUGGUGAUCGGUGUUCUGUCACUGAAUUCUGCAAGUCAGUCACGAACAUUUGGCACAACCAACGCUCCAUUCAGCACUUUGCUCAAGAACAUAAUGUCCUUAAUUCUUUCAAACGGUCUGCUUGAUCUGUACACAACCUUCUAAAGCCCCCCACCCACUCCCACACACACAUACACACAAUCUGUUGUAAGGGAAAUAUGAAUGAUUUAUUUGCUAGUAAAGAUUUGCACUUAUGUAAGAAGAUCAUGAGAAAAAGGGGGUUACACAUUUCACAUUAAUUACGAUGAAGAAUGAGUCAGCAAACAAUUUGAACAAUGAUGGCUUCCAUUUUCAAAUAAAUACAGAAGCUUAAAACAAUCGGGUGGGAUUCAAACAAUCUAAUAAAGAUGGGAUCCGAGAGAUUAUUUAUUGACAAAAAUAAGGUUUUGCCUAUGCAAACAACAGCUAAGCAGGACGCUUUUGCCAAUUUUUGUGCAGUUUUGUCUUUGCCUACAAGACUUCAUGCCAUACUGCUUUUGCCUUGAAACAGACUGAAUAUUUUGCUGUUUUAUUAGAGAUACAAGAAUAACACCGAGCAGGUAAAAUUAAGAUAUGAUACGUGGAGACAUACUGGUGAAGCUGUUUCACAAUCCUGUGUGUACCAAAUUUACAUGGGUGUAAUCGUGCAAGACACAUAUAGGCAGAUAUACGUAUAUUACAUCAGAUAUUUUUUCAAUACUUUCCACAUUCAUUGUAUAAACUACAUAAAUUCACUGAAUAUGAAUUAGUGCCAGUUUAUAUUUUAACACAGUGUAAUGAUUUGGUAGGAGAAGUUGCCUUUUGUUUUUUGUCAUCCUUGCUCCUCUGGUGUGUUUUUCAACCUUCUAAGUUAGCGUGGCUAUUAUAAAGACAUUUUUGUAUACGUAUACAGUAAUCCUUCAGGUUUUGCAGGUGAUACAGUCCUUACUACAAAUAGUGAAAACCAUGUGCCACCCCCCCAAAAAUUCAUUUGUAUUUAAAAAAGUCCAGCACCAAAAUGCUACAAGAUGGCAUGAAAGCCUUGUCGAAUAGAAAAGUACCCCUACUUGUACUGUCCUCUGCCUAGCAACAAGUGCUAAAUAGGUCAUGUGACUAGAAAUAAAAGUUAAGUUCCAGUGUUUUAUGAGGUGUGUAAAUAUAACUCAUCAAAUUAUUUUGUCAAUUACAUGCAAAAUUCCAUUUUUUCUGUACUUAAAAAAAUUGUGAAUAUGAAAAAGUUAUUUUCACUCUUGAGAAAAUGUAUAAUCUUUCAAUUCGCUUUGUCAAUACUGAUUUGUUUUGUCACUUAAAAAUUACCAGUACUCUUUUUUUUUUUUUUUUUUUUUUUUUAGUAUCUAGACAAAUUCACAUUAUUCUCUUUCAGAGGGCUGGGAAACCUCCAUUACCUGGGCCAUAUAGGGCCCUAAAAAGAAAACUCACCUUGCAAAUGUUUCUAAUAUUCAAUAAAUCGCUA